CUCUGAUCGAUUAGUGAGGCGAUCUUGCCCGAGACAAUUCGGACGGUAAAGAGCACCAUUAACUCGUUCCUGACCCGAAAUCGAGGAGGAAGAGCUUGUCAGGCCCAAAAGAGACGAGCAGAGGUGGCUACGAGGGUAACACUUUGCAGACCCAAACGAUCGCCCCUUUCCAGACCUGAAUGCGCUACCAUCCGUUUCCAAACCCACAAAGCAGCACGUCCUGCCCUUCCCGAGCCCACAGAAAGCGCUGGUGCAGCUUUCCAGACCCAGAAUGGGUACCGACAAUCCAGAGAGGGAGCUGGGAUAGCUUUCCAGCCCAAAAAGCGCAUGACAUCCCUCCGAUCACCAGAAGAGCUUUCCAAACCCACGUGAGGCACCUCCAGACCUUCCCAGACCGUAGAAGGGGCGCCCAACUCCUUUCCAAACCCUCAACAAGCACCAGCAACUCGAUCAAGCCCCCGAACCGGAUCUUCGUCCCCUUCCCAGAUCCUGAAGAAGGGAUACGAAGACUUCCCAGCCCGGAAGUAGAUGCCCGAGCUACGAACACUACGCUGCAAGCCUACCGACCCUUUCCGGACCCUGAGUAGGAGGAGAGAGGAGUGGUCAAGGAGAGGUGAAGUAAGGGCCAAGGGGGGCAGCACGGCCGUAACGCUGACGCGU